AUGCCGCGCUCCUCUUCGUCUCGUCGUGCGCCACCAGAGGCGCCGGCUCGAGCGCCAGAGAGCGCCGGCUCUUCCUCUUCAUCGGGCUCCGCCGCUCGCUUCGUCCGGCAGCGGAAAGACAGAGAGGCGACACUGCACGCUGAGUCCAGCGCCGAGGCGGAGACACCCGACAGCGACCGACGACCGGCGAGGCUCUUGCGCCAGGUCGCUGAUGCUUCAGCGCUCGAUGCUGAGCCGGUGCGGUCGCCACGCAGGGGCGCUGGCCCGCAGCGCCAAGCCCAAGACGGCGUGCAUGCGCUUGCUGGCCCGUUCGAUGGAGCGGCGGUCAAGCGCAGGCCCCCAAAGGCGGACAGCCGCGCUGCAGGCGACUCGGCCCGUGAAGGUGCGAGGCUGGCAGUGAUUCGACAGCGUGCGCCAUCCCCAGACGGCACAGCCCGUGAGGUGCAGAGGCCGUCUGCACGCCACACCGAAGACCAUCCGCAAAGCAAGGCCUCUCACAGCAAGCCCUCGGCUGUGUCACACGCGAGCAAAGCUGCUACCGCUCGCCCACUGAGGGACCACAAGAAGAAGCACCGCCACGCCUCCGCACCAAGCAGCAGCACCAGCACAUGCACCACGUCGACAUCAGGGAUGCACAAGACGAAGGCCGCUCACACCGCAAGUGCGACAGCCCGCAUGGCCUCGGACGACAGCAACAGUGGGCUGCCGGCCAAAGGCACGAGCUUCAACGCGGCGCCAGGAUGGGGCGACUUGCCUGGGGCCACUCACGCCGACCGGAGUGCCGGCUGGGAGCUGCGUCCGCACACGUCCGAAGGCUUGGCGAUUACCGUCUGCCUGCUGGUGCUGCUCGGACUGGUGGUCAUCUCGCUCUGGGCCUUUAUGAUGCGGCGCUGGAAGCGGCAGCGCGCAGCUGACCGCUGCAGUAAGGUGCAUCUACACAGCAGGCACAGCAGCGCCGCUGGCCGCGCAGUCUCAGGCGCGAGCUUGCGCAAGAGCAGCUCCAGAGUCAGCGCCGAUGGCUUCCUGCACGCACCGAAGCAAGCGCUCCGCCGCCUUGCCAGUGCGGCCCGCGGCGGCGCAAGCUCUCAGUCGCAGCAGGCCUCGUUCUCGCGUCUUGGAUCGCCGUCUCUUGCACACUCGCCCUUCCGUCUGUGUGUACCGGAAGACGACCAUGCGACGACGCCCAGCGCGCCUCUCGGAGCGCUCGGCACCGUCAUGCGCACGGCUUUCGGACUCAUCGAGCAGUAUCCCGCAAGCGUCUCGCACGCCGCCUCGCCGUCGCCUGCUCCGUCGCCAUCUCUUGCGCCUCUGGACUGCGCCUACGCGGGAUCGCCGAACAUGAGCAAGGCGCUUGCGAAAGGAUGGGGCGCAGACGGCGCCAGCCCCCAUGGCCUGACUAGCGCUGCCGGUGGCGCAUGCCACGGCUUGUUGCCAGGCCGACGGCCUUCCACCAAGCGGCGCAGUCCCUUUGACCUCGCAGACUCGCCAAUCCUUGCGCCCUCGGCCGCGUUUGGCUCGCCACGGCGCGGCUACACGCAUACUCUGGCGCCUGGCGCCUCGUUUGCAGCCCUAUCACCUGAUGUGGAGCGCAAGGGUAUGGUAUACCCCAACUCUCCGCGCAGGCCGAGCUUGCUUCGUUUCGACUCAGGCGGCACGACUCUGGUGCCGAGCGAGUGGGCAGGUAGUCAUGCAAGCCUCGAACUCGACGCUGGCAUGGUCGGCCUCGGCAUCGGCAUGGACCACGCACUCGAUUCGAAGCUCGCAGCCCCGCUCGUUGAGCAUCACAGCACGCAGCCAUGCGGCGAGGUACUGCCGUCGAAGGCCGUCAUGCUGGUGGCGGAUAUCCGAGCAGCGCACGAGCGCAGCUUGAGCAGCAGCCGCCUGGAGGAAGCUGACGCAUCCACCAGCACAAAGACGUUGUGCGCCGAGACACUUGAGCUGGGCCUCCUUUGGCAGCCGUUGCCGGGCGACGGAGCUCUGCGGGAUGGUGGACCCAUGGAGCUGCGAGUCGAAGCGGAAGGAUCGGCGGAGAGCAGCUUUGAGGCCGGUAAUCUCUCAUCGGAUGCAUUCCCCUUCGGCCUCAGCGACGACAGGCCGGACCUCAGCGUCGUGGGCGGUAUCACUACCAGCUUCGGCGGCCUCAACGAGCACGCCGAGGCGCCAUUGCACGAUCUGGUAGCGAUCAGCGCCAGCUCCAGCGAGCGGAGCUUCACCGUCUACGAGACUGGGACGCACUUGCCAUCUCGUGUGGCGAGAGCUCUGACCGAGGCGGGCUUGACGAGCGCGGACGAACGCAACACAUCCCUUGACGCAGCUCGGGCAGUCUCUUCGGUGUCAGCGCACGAUGAGUCGGUCGUCUUUGUGGGCAUCCACGACGCGGAACUCUUCCCUCCAAGUCAGGCAUGGCUGGGCCGCGAGAGUCUCUGUGCCGAGCCCCUCGACAUGCUCUCGAUGCGCGAGGAGCUCGACUUCACGCCGGCCUACAGCGCAACCUUGCAGCACAUGCAGGACAUCUUGGCGCCACUGUCGAGAAGCAGCGAAGACAGCGAGCGCUCUCUUCGCCGCGUCUCGGACGGCUGCGCAAUCUCGUGCAGUCUGUCGACCAGCGCGACGAGUCGCGGCUCACGCGGCUGUCCCGUGUCGCCCAGUCGGGCCCUGCGACGAGUCGUCUGA